GGGAUUUAUGAUGGAGAGAGGACUGGAUGAGAGCAGGAAUAGAGGACUUUCGAUGACACAAAUGGAUAUUAUGCAUACUUAUGAAGACCAGGAUGGGAGAGAGGAUGGGAUGUCUGAUGUUAGAGCGAAAUGAGAGGAUUAUGACUCGAAUCAUCUUACUCGAAAUAUAUGUGAUGAGGGUGUAGAUUUACAUAAUGGGAAGGGAUUGAACAGAGUCCCUACGAAGAACUCUAUUGGUGAGCAAGAAGAUCAAGAUGAAAAAGGUAGUAAUUUAGUUAUUAUCAGCAAGAAAAACCACUUCUAUAAGAGAUAUCAAAUGUAUGAAGGAAGAAGUAAAUUCUGGUGUAAGGGAAAGCUACUUACAGGCCCAAGACCUCUUGUCAUAGUUCUAACUCUUUUUCUCAUACAUCUACCUCUUGUGAUUUAUUACAGUCUAGUUGUCCCUCGGAUUGAAGAUAACUUUGAAAAAGUCUUGGUCAUAAUCAUUUCUGUGUUUCUAAACUGUACAACUAUUGUGCUUAUGAUUGUCACUGCAACAAUGAACCCGGGAAUCAUUCCAAAACUAGGGGUCGACCCAAAAUUGUUAUUUAAAAUAUCUAAGGCUAAACCAAAGUCAAAGAGGCACAUAAUGAAAUAUAACGGACUCUUGGACUAUCAAUCUUAUUGCGGGACAUGCCAGAUAAUCCGUCCUCCUAGGUGACACCAUUGUCAUUUCUGAGGAAAUUGAGUUGAAGUUUUUGAUCAUCAUUGCCCAUGGGUAAGCAAUUGAAUAGGCAAGAGGAACUAUUCGUACUUCAUCGGGUUCAUCACAAGCCUUUCUUUAGUCUUCAUCUUAUGAAUACUUAUCAGUAUCAAGUCGUUAAUUGACCACCAGGAUGGGAGUGAAAUGAAUUGGGACAAUACUCCCAACAUUGUGGUUAUCUCUCUCUGUGUUGUGGUUGGGGCCUUCCCAGUAGGAUUGACAAUUUACCACUAUGCUCUGAUUCUCCGAGGUGAGACAACGUACGAGAACUUAAAAAGACUGUACAAGAUCAGAAAAAAUCCUUUUAAAAGAGGCUUUGUCUAUAAUAUUCGCAUGAAAAUGUGACAAAAGAGUAAGUCUUGUCACUUAAGCUUGUCGAGUCCGAAAAUGCAAUGGCCGAGGCAUAUGAGGGAGACAUACCUUAGCAACAUAAAUAAUUCACAUUAUCAAGCAUAUCUAUCUUUGAAAACUUUACCUUUACUCAAUUUUCCAAAAUAA